GUUGCGCGCGCACUGUAGAUAGCUUAACUCUACCUGCAGCAAAUUAGACUGUGGUGUUUUAAUGGAUGAUAGACCUCAGUCGGUCUAAAACUUUUGCAAUCUAAUGCAAUACUCGAUUGCUCGAAAAAUAGGACGUUUUUGUUAUCCUGAGAUACAACAUUUUCAUUGGUUAUUCAGUGGUGUGGAUAGGAGGCGGACUAUUGUGCUAGCGUUAGCUUGCUAACAGCUAGCUAACUAACUAGCAUACAGGACACCGCUCUUUUUAGUUCUGGUCAUUUUCCUCUUGCUUUUGAAAUGGGCUAUUUAAAAUUAAUCGAGAUUGAAAAUUUUAAAUCCUAUAAAGGGAGGCAAAUCAUCGGACCCUUCCAUAAAUUUACAGCUAUCAUUGGGCCAAAUGGAUCCGGCAAGUCCAACCUCAUGGAUGCCAUAAGCUUUGUGCUGGCAGAGAAAACCAGCAACUUGCGAGUGAAGACACUCAAAGACCUUAUCCAUGGAGCUCCAGUUGGAAAACCAGCCGCUAACCGCGCGUUUGUGAGCAUGGUGUAUGAACAGGACAAUGGACAGGACCUGACCUUCACCAGAGUAAUCAUAGGCUCAUCCUCAGAGUACAGGAUCAACAGUAAAGUGGUGGGACUGUCAGAAUACAGCGAUGAACUGGAGAAACUGGGAAUCCUCAUUAAAGCCAGGAACUUCCUUGUCUUCCAGGGUGCAGUGGAGUCCAUUGCGAUGAAGAACCCUAAGGAGCGAACGGCUCUGUUUGAGGAGAUCUCUCGCUCUGGAGAGCUGGCUCAGGAGUAUGAUCGCAGGAAGAAAGAGAUGGUAAAGGCUGAGGAGGACACACAGUUCAACUACCACCGUAAGAAAAACAUCGCCGCUGAAAGGAAAGAGGCAAAGCAGGAGAAAGAAGAGGCUGAGCGUUAUCAGAGACUGAAGGAUGAAGUGGCCAGGGCCCAUGUCCAGCUGCAGCUCUUUAAGCUGUACCAUAACGAAGCUGAGAUUGAGAAACUGAACCGCGAGCUCUCCCACCGUAACCGUGAGAUUGAUAAGGACCGCAAACGCAUGGAUCGUGUGGAGGACGAACUGAAAGAGAAGAAGAAAGAACUGGGAAGAAUGAUGAGAGAUCAGCAAACCAUCGAAAAGGAGAUAAAGGAGAAAGAUGCUGAGCUCAACCAGAAGAGGCCUCAAUACAUCAAGGCCAAAGAGAACACAGCUCACAAGAUCAAGAAACUGGAGGCCGCUCGGAAGUCUCUCCAGAACGCCCAGAAGACUUAUAAGAAGAGAAAAGCAGACAUGGACGAGCUGGAGAGGGAGCAGAGAGCUGUGGAGAUGGCAAGGCAGGAGUUUGAGGAGCGUAUGGAAGAGGAGGCACAAAGCCAAGGCCAAGAUCUUCAGCUGGAGGAGAACCAGGUGAAAGCAUAUCAUCGUCUGAAGGAAGAGGCUAGUAAAAGGGCUGCCACUCUGGCCCAGGAGCUGGAGAAGUUCAACCGAGACCAGAAAGCAGACCAGGACCGCCUGGACCUGGAGGAGAGGAAGAAAAUUGAGACAGAGGCCAAGAUCAAGCAGAAGAUCAGAGAGAUUGAGGAGAACCAGAAGCGUAUUGAGAAGCUGGAAGAUUACAUCGCCACCAGCAGGCAGUCCCUAGAUGAGCAGAAAAGGAUGGAAGAGGAGCUGACGGAGGAGGUGGAGCAAGCCAAGAGGAGAAUUGAUGAGAUCAAUAUGGAGCUAAACCAGGUGAUGGAGCAGCUGGGCGAUGCUCGUAUUGACAGACAGGAGAACAGCAGACAGCAGCGCAAGGCAGAGAUUAUGGAGAGCAUCAAGAGACUCUACCCUGGAUCAGUGUACGGCAGACUGAUCGACCUUUGCCAACCCACUCAGAAGAAAUAUCAGAUUGCCGUGACCAAAGUACUGGGAAAGAACAUGGACGCCAUUAUUGUGGACUCAGAGAAGACUGGUCGAGACUGUAUCCAGUACAUCAAAGAGCAGAGAGGAGAACCGGAGACUUUCCUUCCUCUCGACUACCUGGAGGUUAAGCCUACUGAUGAGAAGCUGCGUGAGCUGCGUGGUGCUAAACUCGUGAUCGAUGUGAUUCGCUACGAGCCACCCCACAUUAAAAAAGCCUUGCAGUACGCCUGUGGAAACGCCCUGGUCUGUGAGAAUGUGGAGGACGCACGCAGAAUCGCCUUCGGAGGACCCUACCGACACAAGACUGUGGCGUUGGAUGGGACACUUUUCCAGAAGUCUGGUGUGAUCUCUGGAGGUGCAAGUGAUUUGAAGGCUAAGGCUCGUCGUUGGGACGAGAAAGCCGUGGACAAGCUUAAGGAGAGGAAGGAGAAACUCACAGAUGAGCUCAAAGAGCAAAUGAAGGCAAAAAGGAAGGAGGCGGAGCUUCGUCAGGUCCAAUCACAAGCUCAUGGCCUGCAGAUGAGACUGAAAUACUCCCAGAGUGAUCUGGAGCAAACGAAGACGCGCCACUUGUCCCUCAACAUGCAGGAGAAGUCUAAGCUGGAGAGCGAGUUGGCUAACUUUGGGCCCCGUAUCAAUGACAUCAAAAGGAUCAUCCAGUCACGUGAGAGAGAUAUGAAAGAUCUCAAGGACCGCAUGAACCUGGUGGAAGAUGAAGUUUUCGUGGAAUUUUGUAAAGAGAUUGGCGUCAGGAACAUUCGUGAAUUUGAGGAAGAAAAAGUCAAAAGGCAGAAUGAAAUUGCCAAGAAGCGUCUGGAGUUUGAGACACAGAAGACCCGUCUGGGUAUCCAGCUGGACUACGAGAAAAACCAGCUUAAGGAGGACCAGGAGAAAGUCAUCAUGUGGGAGCAAACCGUCAAGAAGGACGAGAGCGAGAUUGAGAGGCUGAAGAAGGAGGAGCAGAGACAUAUGAAGAUCAUUGAUGAGACCAUGGCCCAGCUACAGGAUUUGAAGAACCAGCACCUCACCAAAAAGUCCGAGGUCAACGAUAAAAACCAUGAGAUGGAGGAGAUCCGUAAGAAGCUGGGUGGUGCCAACAAGGAGCUUACACAGCUUCAAAAGGAAGUGACAGCCAUCGAGACAAAGCUGGAACAGAAACGCAGUGACAGACAUAACCUGCUCCAGGCCUGUAAGAUGCAGGACAUCAGACUGCCCCUCAAAUCAGGAACAAUGGAUGACAUUAGCCAAGAGGAGGGGAGUUCACAACCAGAGGAGAGUCUAAGCAGCAGCCAGAGAACCUCCAGUACUGUCCUGGCCAAAGAAGCUCUCAUAGAGAUUGACUACAGUGUCCUGGCCGACGACCUGAAAGAUGCGUUGUCAGAGGAAGAAGUCAAGGCUGAGAUGAACACGCUGCAACAGCGUUUGAAUGAACAGCAGAGCAUUCUGCAGAGAAUCAGCGCGCCCAACAUGAAGGCCAUGGAGAAACUGGAGAGUGUCCGAGACAAGUUCCAGGAGACCAGUGACGAGUUUGAGGCUGCCAGGAAGAGGGCGAAGAAAGCCAAGCAGGCCUUUGAGCAGAUAAAGAAAGAACGGUUUGACCGUUUCAAUGCCUGCUUCGAGUCUGUUGCCACCAACAUCGACGAGAUCUACAAGGCCCUGUCCCGAAACAGUAGUGCACAGGCCUUCCUCGGCCCCGAGAACCCAGAGGAGCCUUAUUUGGACGGCAUCAACUAUAACUGCGUAGCCCCAGGCAAGCGCUUCAGACCCAUGGACAACUUAUCUGGAGGAGAAAAGACUGUGGCUGCUUUAGCCCUGCUGUUUGCUAUUCACAGUUAUAAGCCUGCGCCUUUCUUUGUGCUGGAUGAGAUCGACGCUGCUCUGGACAACACCAACAUUGGCAAGGUGGCAAACUACAUCAAGGAUCAGUCUGUGCAGAACUUCCAAGCCAUUGUCAUCUCCCUGAAGGAGGAGUUCUAUACCAAGGCUGACUCCCUUAUCGGAGUCUACCCAGAGCAAGGAGACUGUGUUAUCAGUAAAGUGUUGACCUUUGACCUCUCGCAGUAUCCUGACGCUAACCCUAACCCUAAUGAAUAGAUGAACACAUACAUUCCUGUAUCAUCAUUCAACUCUGAGGUUUCAUUCAGAUUUGUUUCUAGAUAAGAACAGUCAAUAUCAUGACAAAAAAAAACAUUCUGCGGAUUGUGGGAAUGUAGUUGCCAUGACCACCUAAGGUUCUCGUUUUUAAGCUUAAAUAAGAAAGUGAUAUCCAUCGUAAUGACAGGCAUUCAUGUUCUUUGAUUAAAUCCAUCAGUCCUUCUGUAAUGUUCAGUCGCAUAGCGCUGCAAAAGCUAUUGUUUUUAUGUCAUUUAGUCAAAUUAUCUAUCAUGUGUGUCUGUUGCUUUGUGUCCUCUUGAUAAUGUUGGAACCAACUGGUUUGCCAUUUUUGCUUUUCUUUUUAUAAUUACAUGCUGACAUUUUUGUAGUUGAUGCAGAGAUAAGGAAAUGAGAGGUGGCAGAGUGAGUUUUCUUCCCCUAACUUUUACACAUUACCUCCUUAUAACUUUCUCUGUUGUAUAAAGUACUUGUUAUAAGAAGAAAAUAUUUACCCCUUGACAUGUGUUUUACAAAAUAAAUUAUGGAAAAAAAAAAUCAAGACAAUUCGUGGAAAAAAAAAAGUCUGAGGGUGUUGAAUGUAGGUUAAUUUUCUGUUGCCUUGUUCUGUUACAAGUUAAUCUUGAAAUGUUUUUUAAAAUUCUUUGCCCACAGGACAACAACAUGAACAUUUGUCAUUUUGGCUAUUUAGAAUGUUUCUGUACAACAUCCAUUGUUUUAAUCUCUCUUGUAUCCAUUUUUUUUCCCCAUUAGGGCCGUGAAAGUAUUUGUAACCCUGACCAUGACUUGCUUGUAUCUUUGAGUAAAAUAAAGAUCCCUUUUCUGCCA